AAGGCCCUGGCGUAGUGCGUAACGUAACAUUCCAUUGAGAAGAAGAGGGAAAGAUGGCGUCCUCUAACAAUCCUCGGAAAUUUAGCGAAAAAAUCGCUUUGCAUAAUCAGAAACAGGCGGAGGAGACUGCUGCGUUUGAAGAAGUGAUGAAAGACUUGAACAUCACCAGAGCUGCACGGUUGCAGUUACAGAAGACCCAGUAUUUGCAACUAGGGCAGAAUCGUGGACAGUACUAUGGAGGCUCACUGCCCAAUGUCAAUCAGAUUGGAAAUGGCAACAUUGACCUGCCUUUUCAGAACUCGGUGCUGGAUACCAGUCGGACAACCAGGCACCACGGGCUGGUGGAGCGUGUUUACCGUGACCGGAACCGCAUCACAUCCCCUCACCGCCGGCCUCUGUCAGUCGACAAACAUGGACGCCAAAUUGACAGCUGUCCUUACAGCUCAGUUUACCUCUCCCCACCGCCAGACACUAGCUGGAGAAGGACAAAUUCGGACUCCGCCUUACACCAGAGCGCAAUGAAUCCGAAGCCCCAGGAGGUGUUUGCGGGGGGAUCACAGGAGCUGCAGCCUAAACGAGUACUGCUGCUAACAGUGCCUGGGACGGAGAAUUCAGAGUCAAACGCAGACAAGGAUGUGCAGAAACAGUUGUGGAAUGAUAAGAAGGAUGACGCCUCAAAGCCCAACACAUGUGAUGUCCCGGGAAUCAAUAUAUUCCCAUCACCAGACCAGGAAUUGAACCCAUCCGUGCUCCCAGCUGCACACAACACCGGCGGUUCGCUGCCCGAUCUGACCAACAUCCAGUUCCCUCCUCCGCUGUCCACCCCGCUGGACCCCGAGGACACCGUGGCCUUCCCCUCCCUCAGCGCAUCCAACAGCACGGGCAGCCUGACCACCAACCUCACCCACCUGGGCAUCAGCGCUGCCAGCCACGGGAUCCCCACCUCCUCUCAGCCCACCAUGACGGUAACGGCACAGCGCCGGCAACCUCCUGUGGUUCCGCUCACCCUCACCUCUGAUCUCCAUCUCCAGCAGUCCCCACAGCAGCUCUCACCCACCCUGUCCUCACCUGUCAACAUCACACAGGCCGUGCCAACAGAGUCGCUGACCCUGGAGCAGCAGCUCGCCCAGUACCCCCUGUUCAACCAGCUGACGGCUCAGGCCCAGGCUCAGUUGCUCAGCGACCUGCAGAAGCAGCAGCAGGCCCUGCCGCAGGGCAUCCAGCUCAUCACCUUGCCAACUCCAGCCUCCACUGGUACAGCCACCGCCACUGCCAGCAGCCCCUCCCCAGACAGCCAGAGCCAGACCACGGCCAGCAUCAGCAUCAGCUCGUACCGCAAUCAGACUGGCUCACCAGCCACUCAGUCUCCAACCUCCCCAGUCUCCAAUCAAGGCUUCUCCCCCGGCGGCUCGCCUCAACACAUCCCCGUGGUGGGCAGUAUAUUCGGCGACUCCUUCUACGAUCAGCAGUUGGCGUCGAGGCAGACCAACGCCCUCUCUCACCAGCUGGAGCAGUUCAACAUGAUCGAGAACCCCAUCAGCUCCACCAGCCUUUACAACCAGUGCUCCACCCUCAACUACACGCAGGCGGCUAUGAUGGGACUCACCGGGAGCAGCUUACAGGACUCUCAGCAGCUCGGCUACAGUAGCCACGGCAACAUCCCCAACAUCAUCCUAACAGUCACAGGUGAGUCUCCUCCGAGCCUCUCCAAAGAGCUGACCAACUCCCUGGCCGGCGUCGGUGACGUCAGCUUCGACGCAGACUCUCAGUUUCCUCUUGAUGAGCUGAAGAUCGACCCACUCACCCUGGACGGACUGCACAUGCUCAACGACCCCGACAUGGUGCUCACCGACCCGGCCACCGAGGACACGUUCAGGAUGGACAGGCUGUAACGUUAGAGGGGCUGACUGUGGCUGAGAACAAGAAGGAAAAAAAAACCCACACUAACUUGUGAAUGGAGAGAAACAAAGGGCAGGAUGAACCCUCUCCCUCGUUGCAUGGCCGUCCAGCUGUCCGACCUCGCCCUCGACUCCGUGAAGCCCUUUUGAAACGAUGUGCCACCAAAAGACAACAGGGAAAAAGACAUCCAGUGGCUUGCCGGGGAAUGGCCUCGCUGUCGUUUUGAAUGAGAUUGGUCGCUCAGCGCUUUCGCUAGCCUGCUGUGUUUACAGUGUACCAUUACAUGCCACAUAUAUUCCAAAAACGCACAUUUGACUAUUUUUUUUUCUUUUCAUAUCCACUUAAAUAUUUGUUUUUGUUUAUAUUUGCUCGUAGCAGGAAGCUGCUAGGACAUUGGGCUAAACCGUUGCCGUUAUAACGGCUGUGUUCAAAAACAAACAAAAGAAGGAAAAAGAAACUACAGCCGGUUUGCUUGUACCCGGCAAUCAAACGAAUCGGUUUUCCCAUCAUGCCGUAACGGCUUUCUAUUUCACACUCAAAGCUUUAUUUUUGACAACCAAAUGUUAUUUUCAUCAUGUACUGUAUGUUUUGAUGCUUUCUGUAUUUAUAUGUUCUAUUUAUUUAUUUGGUUAAAGAUUUUAUAUUCCAUUUCAUAAUUUAAAUUUGAUGCCAAAAUGCUCUCUGUAGGCAUAGUGUAAAAUUGCACUGAUGUAAUUUGUGUCUAUUUAUUGAUUACUAACAUAUUUAUAUAUGUGUUUGUUAAGCUACUUGGUUAAUGAAGGAGUGCAAAACCUCCCCAUAGUUGCUCUUUGGUGUUCGAUGUGCCAUUCUCUGAUGUGGGACGUGGUAGACGUUGCCAUGCUGCAGCCCAACGGUCAAAAUCAAAAUGUCAUAGUCUCCAGAAAUGGGAUGGUUUUACGCCACUUGAAUUAAUUCAUCAGGUAUUUCUAUUAAUCUAGAAAGCAAGAGAAAUGCGUCCAAAUUCAUUUUCUGCCGGUGAAAAGCCAGUAUACACCCAGACUGAAGCGGUCUGUUUUUAAACCAGAGAACACUAAAAAUCUUAAAUCUUUUUAAGUCGUCACUGUGAAAUCACCUGAUUUUGCCUUACAUGAGUACUCUACGUCUACUUAAGUGUCUAAUGUGACAACGUAUUUUCGUAACUUAUUGUAACAUUUUCUUGUAUUUGAGAGGAACUUAACUUUUGAUCAGUGAUACUUGUGGUUCUGUUGUGUAAGGUUUGACAAAUCAAUGUACUGUAUUUUGUAGCGGUACAGUUUAUAGCCAAAUUGUUGAUGUUUUUUAAAGUGGGGCAAAAAAACAAACAAAACUACACUAAAAAAAAUCAAAGGAUGGGUUUAGAGUAUUUGAGAAGGAGUGCAAUUAUGGGGAGGCUUUUGCUCCUUGACAGGGAAGCUCUAACAAAAACGCUACUGACCUUUGCCAAGGGGUCACCAAUAACAAAAGUACCAUACGACAUCUACAAUAUUUAACAGUAUCAAAGUCUUCAAAUGGUUUUAUCCACAAUUUCAGAGUUUAUGAAUAGAGGGAUAUAUUUAUUUUUAUUAGUGUUAGGAAACUGAAUGAAGUAUAUAAAGGCUGCGUAGAUGUUCUGUUUUAGAAAGAAUAUGAGUGUAUUUAUAUAUUGAAAGAAUUUUAUGCAAUUUUUCGCCAGCAUCGAGAUCGGCCCCGCUCUGUUCAGUGUUGACAACAACUAAAAUGCUCACACAAACAAAUCAGGGAUGUAGUAAGAGUCUAAAACUGUUUACGAAAGUGUUCACACAUCUGAAAAUGUACAUAUACUGAUACCAUCUCUAACUACAUCCAUGACACAGUCUCUCUUGCCAAAAACCUGUCAAACAACUCGUGUCAAAUUUUUAAAAAUUCACUCCAGAUCUCAGUCCGCUUUUGUCAGAGUUUCCCUGAGGGUUGUGCGUAGGUCUGUGGGAUCAUGUUUGAUAUAUUGUAAUGUUUGUGUACAGACGUGCUAAUCAUUUACUCACCAAAAGCGCUGUUUGAUAAGAUUUCCCAACCUCCCACCCUCUCCCCAUCCCACCCACACCUCUCCCCGAAAAGGAAUCACGUUUGGUUUACUACACACCUCUACAGUUGUACAAUUUGUUUCAGUUGAAGUGUUUCUUGUCUGCUGUUACUCCUCCAUCAAUAGAUCUGUGAUUCCUAUGCAAAUGAGACAAAAAAAACAAAAAAUUGACAUUUUAUUACAAACAUUUUAUUGUUUUAACACAUUCCAGGAGUUGAGCUGGAUUUAUUCUUCUGAGAUGGUGUGGUGAUGGAGACAGAUGCUUUGGAGCUACAGCCAGAAAUGUGAACAGGCAGCUUGGCCUGCCUGUAUUUUCUGUGGAGAGUUGCCGAUUCUGAUAGAAGCUGUUGAUAGUGAAGACAGCUUAAAGCAAGGUUCAGUAAUCUCCUCUUCAAAGUCACUCAACAGAUUUAUGUCGUUAUCCAGAGAAGCCAUUUCCAGUGAUGACUUUCUCUCUGCAGAAACAUGGUUUUUGUAAUAUUUUUGUUUUAUCUAAAUUAUUACACAUGCGCACAAGAUGCUAACUUGUGCAGACACAUGAAGAUAAAGAUUUCAAGGGCUCUGUAGACUGUCAGAAAAAGUGGAAAUGAUGAUUUUCACCAAACAAAUGAACACAGCUCAGUUAUCUGUUUUUCAGCUGCUGGACAAAUUCAUGUUUUGAGAUUAAGCUGCAUCUCCUUUGUAGCUCUAAAUUAGAAAAUGAAAGCCUUUAUUAGUUAGUAUACAGUAUGUAGUGAGUGCAGUGUUGCAGUGGUGCUAUGACAAUCAAUGAGUGAAAUCGUGAGCUGAACUUUAAAUUAAUUCUUAUGCCGGAGAAGCAUAAAUCCAGCUUUACUUUGAAAGAAGUGUCUCUUUCUUUUUUUAUUUAUUAUUUUUUUGUAAAUCACUCACCCUGCCUUUUCUUUCUCCAACCACUCGUUGAUAAUCUCUUUACUUCUCACAGUUCCCCUCCACCUUAAUGCAUCUAUGAUGAAUUUCUUCCUGUGCGACUGUUGAAGCAUCAAUGCAAAAUCACUGCUCCAGAAAGAAAACCCCUCUUUCUCUAAUCCUAAAGGAACUGAUGCCAAACUUAAGACCUAUUCUUAAUGUUUUAGAUCAAUGAAACAUUUUACUGCAGUUGCUGAAAAUGCCUGGAUAUCUGUCAUGGGCCAAGUACUCACAGAGGAGGGAGAAAAAUAAACCACUAAAAAAAAAAAACAAAAAAAAAAAAACAAAGGCCCAGAAAUGCACAACACUUUACCAGAAUCUGAUUUUGUGUAACUAAAGUUGGAUUUUUCCUCAAAGUCACUGAAACAAAUGUAUAAAACUCAUUCUCUAAAUGUUUCCAAAGGUUUUUAUUCCUAAAGGGGAAAAAAAAUAAGUAUUGUGUUUGAGCCAAACGUCACUGUUGCGUUGCCAACAAUGCCAGUGAUUUGAGCUUUCCUGUCAUUUUGUUUCUUUCAUCCUGCUGAAUAACAGUCAUUCACACUGACCUUGUACAUACGCUAUAGCUGAAACAAAAUGCAUGACUAAACUGACAGUCAAAACCUCUAAAUGAAGGCCUUCUAUAGCUCCGCAGGUUUGAUUUGUGUAACAUAAAACUACCACGAAGUCUAAAGGGAUGCAUGUAUGGGUUUCUCCUGUGCAACAGUUAACUCCUGUUAAGUGACUCUGUUACCUCCAUCUCUGUAUAAUGCUACUUUACGAAUGAUAAAAGAAUGUAUUUUCUGUGGCAGUGUCCUAGUUUUAGCCUGUUGCCAAAUGACCUGACCUGUGUGGAGUUUUUGGUCCCAGACUACUUCUGUCUCUGCUACUCAGUCCCUCCUCUUCCUCCUCCUCCUCCUCCUCUCCCCUCAGACUGUUGCUUGUUCCACUCUUUCUCUUACUACUGUAGCAUCUCACCACGUACGAGUCUGCGUAAACGGUUGAUUUUCGUACGCAAAGAGCCCGCUGUCACCCCCCUCCUUCUCUUCCUCCUCCUUCUCCUCCUCUUCCUCUCCCCUUCCUAUUUUUUGGCUUUCUCAAGAAAAAUGGAAGCAGGUUCUGUCUUGCAACAAAGGUUGCAGGUUGCAGAUUGGCACGGGCACUGAUCGUUUGCAUACGUGAACUUGAAGCUUCUGCAUUACGCAGUCAACUGCAUGACACGAUAGACACAUUGAGCAGAUCCUUAUCCCAUUGUUAUGUACAGGACUUUGAUCUAGCUAUGCUGAAGUGGAGUGCGUUUUAAGACAUCAGAUAUGAUCGUUUUAUGUUGUUGUUGCCUGUCAUGUCAGGUUCUGGACUGGGUAAAGUGUAAUUCUGUUUUAUUUUUCUUUCUUUAUUUAUUUUUUCUGUUUUGUGCAAUGUUUAGUCCACUAGUUGCUUGGCACUUUAUUUGUGACCUCCUGGCUUUUGAGCAGGGACUGUUCUGCCCGAUGUGAAUGCUGACUGUUUCACACCAGAUGUAUAACUCCGGAGAUAUUUUCAUGUCAAAGAAAAGAUGAAUUCUCUAUUUUCCUUUGUAAACUAUAUUUUGGCUUGUCUUGGUUUUUUGUUGUUGUUUUUUUUUAAUCUGUGAAGAUUUUAGGAGAUGCAAAACUAGAAAGGGCUUACUCCAGUGCAGCUUGCGCUCUCGUUUUGGAAAGGAAUGGCGCUCCGAAUGUAUUUCUCUGUUGGUCAUUUCUACCCUCCCACCCCCCAAGUCUGAGUGAGUCACAGUUCACACAGUGACAUUAGAUCACCCUGAGUACAGUAAUUAGUUGCAGCAGUUUGUGUCUGACUUUGAGCAUACGUACUGCCACCAACAGAGUACUGUACAGGGCUGUGUCAAUGCCCGAUCUGUACCGGAAAUGCAUGUUUGAGGGUUAGGGUACUGACAACAGGAAGCAGUCCCACUCUGUCAGGGUUAGGGAUUUUUUCGUAGAACCGAUCACGUUUCUGGUGCAGAUCAGGCAAUGACACCCCGACAACCCAGUCCUCUUGAAAUUAGCCAAACUCCAAAAAUGCAGGUGAUUCCAUAUAAAUUGUGCAGCGGUUCUUCUCUAGGCCACCAUGCUCUACUAGAUGUUUCCAGCUGCCAAAAACAUUUGGUCGAUAAAGCGUGACGUGCUGGAGAAGAGCUGCAAGGUGUAUUUAAGUCCCAGAAUCUCAGAAAUGAAGAAAUAAAGUGAUCACAAAUGUGGCAAAGGUGUUACUGAGGGAGCAGCUGUAACACUGGCAAAGAUUAGAAUUAAAUUUAGGCAGCUAAUACAACUUUGAUUGAAGUUAGGAAAAUAAAAUAAAAACAGUCGAGGAUAAAAGAAACAAACUUUUCAGGCUGAUGAACGAAAACUGGAGGUCCAUUUUCCAAACAUGACGGACAACCUCAAAACAUAUUUUCUAUGUCUUGUGAAAGAUUUGGUUUUUACUCAUCUGCGUAUUUUAGUUUUAAGGCUCCACUUACUUUUCAUUACUUGUUAGCGCAGCUCAUGUUCAUGCUGUGUUAAAAAGCAAUGAAGCUAAAUCUAAAACUAAAGAAGCAGAUAAGUGAGGCUCAAACAGGCGUCCUGUGUUUAAAGGUGUUUCCUCAGUCCCAGAACAAAUGGAAAGAGCUGCUGCUCAGUCUUCACUGCUUGUUCCCAGAGUGUUUUAGGUCUGAAUAAAAUGUCCCUUUAAUAAUAUGGGGUUUUCUAAACAUCUCUACAAUUCAUAGAAACAUGUAAAAGGAUCUGGAAAAAACACAGUUUAAGUUCCACUUAAAGCUUAUAGUGAGAAUAGCAUUAUAUCACUGUUGUCCUGUAAGUCGUAGUAAAAGAUCUGUAGUUAUUUAUUUGUUGCCAUGUGAUUCUCCUUAUGUGACCAUUUGUUUAUAAGAUGAAAGAAAAAUGUCAAUUAAAUUGAAUGUGGAAGACA